AUGUACGGCGAAACCGCCAACAAGCUCGUCCAAAAUGCCAAACGCACCCAGGCCCUCCCGCACCUCCCGCCAUACGCUUCGGACCUAUCACGCACCAUCGUUCGGGAAGUCCGUGACCUCGACCGUGAUGUCAGCGCCAUACUCGCCCCAUACGGCAGCUCCUUCAACCCAUCGGCCGACCCGUCCACCGCAUGCGCACUCCUCGUGAACCACCUGUGCAUGCGCCGCAAUAAGCGCUGCCUGCUCGCCUAUCACAAAGUGCGCACCGAAAAGCUGGAGGGAUACUGCUGGGAAGGCAUCGACAUCCUUGAGCAGACAGGCAGCGGCAAAGAAGGCGAGGGCGGCAUGGCAGGCAAAAAGGAAGAAAGCAGUCUGAGCCCCGAAGAGGAGGAGUACGUGCGGCAAUACAGCGACUUGUUGGCGGCGUACAAGGGCCAAUGGACAGACAUCGAUUUGACAGGGAGUUUGGAGCCACCGAGAGAUCUCUUCAUUGACGUCCGCGUGCUCAAGGACGCGGGCGAGAUUCAGACUGAGUACGGGGAUAUCUUCAGCGACUGA